AUGUUUUCCAAAAAGCCUCAUGGAGAUGUCAAAAAAUCUACACAGAAAGUGUUGGAUUCAAAGAAGGACGUGUUAACAAGACUGAAGCAUCUAAGGAUUGUUAUUGAAAAUGCAGAAGCCUCAGAUCUGAAGCAUUUCUUUGAUGUCAACUACUCUCACAUCUACUAUGUGUUCUUUGAAAACUUUGUCACCUUAGAAGUUAGCCUAAAACAAAAAGGUCACAAGUCACAGAGGGAGGAGCUAGACUCUAUUCUUUUCAUCUUUGAGAAAAUCCUUCAACUCCUUCCUGAAAGAAUCCAGAAUAGAUGGCAGUUUCACAGCACUGGACUCAUUCUCAAAAAACUAUUGCACACUGGGAACUCUCUGAAGAUCCGCCGUGAGGGUGUGCGGCUGUUUCUGUUAUGGAUGCAGGCUUUACAGAGCAAUGCGGAGCGAGAGCAGCUCUGCAUGUUUGCCUGUUUGAUUCCUGGUUUUCCAGCUCCACUCCUUCAGGGGACGCCGCGCACGCUGGACACUUUGAUUAACCCUCCUUUGAGCUUGACAGAGACUCAAGUGACACCUGAAGAAAUAACUCCGUUGGUUCCUCCGCAGUCGGGUGAUAAGAACCACGAGGAUCUCACUGCUUAUUUUUUAGAGGCUCUGCUCAAAUACAUGGUAAACCAGGCCAAAUCGCUUGAGUGGAGAAGUAAGGAGAACCAUGAGCGCGGUUUCAGCUUUCUCUUUGGACACUUCAGAAAGUUUUACCUCCCUCAUAUCUUCCCUAACUUCGCCACAGAGACCACUCUUUACAACCCUUUACUUGACGUGCCCCCCAUGCGCCCCAAGCCUUAUUACAGUGUAGUGCGCAAAGAGCAAGAUGGGGGCGAGACCAUCUACUGCACAAAGGAGAGCUUCCUCCAGGCCAGAGUCAUCUUCAUUCGUUGGUUGGUUUCAUUUUGGCUUGAACCUCGACCCAACAUCCAGACACAAAUACCAGGAACAGAAGGAGAGCAUGUCCCCAAGAAUAUUCAACGAGCUGCUGCUGGAUUAGCCGCCCGCUCUGCAGUCAGCUCGGAUGAGAGCGGUGGAUGUGGAAUUCGAUCUGAUCAGCUGGAAGUGAGUGGAACCUCUUUGGGACCUGGAUUCGCCCGAGGGGAGAUCAUGGGUGCGGGACUUGGGGCUGAACCUGAACACAGCCACUCCAACACAUCAACACUGACAGAAAGAGAACCAAGCUCCUCCUCUCUGUGCUCCAUGGAUGAGGAGCAGUUAACGGACAUGGAGGUGGUGAGGAGAGUGCUGACGAGCUCCCGAACAAAUGUCAAUUUCAUUACAGAAAUUUUCAGACAAGCUUUUCUCCUCCCUAUGUGUGAAGCUGCAGCUAUGCGUAAAGUUGUGCGUGUUUACCAGGAGUGGAUUUCCAUGGAGGACAAGCCAGUGUUUAUGAAAGAUCCGGACGAGGGCCCCUAUCCCACAGAUCAUGACUCAAGAGAAAAUGAAGAGGAGGGAAACAAAGAUGUGGACAGUGAAUUGUUGGAGUAUAGUGUUCAUGCCGGGAUCCAAACCACCCUACAGGUGUUUAUAACUCACUCAUCCAACGUGUUCCUCCUGGAGCCAGCUAACGACAUUAAGAUCCUACUGGAGGAACACGUGGACAUGUGCAAACGAGUGCUAAACAUUUACCGCAGUCUUGUCAUGCACGAAACCAUGGACCAGAAAACAUGGGAACAAAUACUGCUGGUUUUGCUGAGGGUAACGGAGUCUGUGAUGAAAAGGCCUCCGUCCAUUAUGCCUCAAGGCAAAAAGAAUAACAUACUUUCAGGAAGAUUGGCAGGACCAAUAUUUCAGACCCUGAUUGUGGCUUGGAUUAAGGGGAAUCUAAACGUGUACAUAAGCAGAGAUCUGUGGGAUGAUCUUCUCUCUGUGCUGUCUACUCUGACCUGCUGGGAGGAGCUUGUCACUGAGUGGGCCCUCACCAUGGAGACCCUCACAAAGGUGUUGGCCAGAAACUUGUACAGUCUAGAUCUAAAUGAAUUGCCUUUGGACAAACUGAGUGAACAAAAGCAGAAGAAGCAUAAAGGAAAAGGUAUUAGUGCAGAGACCCAACGACAGAUUGUAGAUCGGUCUUUCUCUAAAGGUUGGAGCCGAGAUCAACCAGGUCAAGCUAUAGCCAUGAGACAAAGGAGUGCCACCACUGCUGGCUCACCUGGCAUCGAAAAGGCCCGCAGUAUUGUUCGUCAGAAGACUGUAGCCCUGCGUAGCUGCUCUACAGGGGACUCUCUGCUGUCCUCAGCCUUUAUCCGCAGUGCCAAGAGUGCUCCUGCUCUGGCUCCGCCUCUUCCUGUCCUCCUUCACCACCACCACCCUUUUUUACCCCCCCUUGCUGACCACUUAGCAGAUCUGGAAGACCCUCCAAUUACCUUGACCAGCAGAGCCACUCGCAUGCGUCACUCUUCUCAAAGCGAUGAGACUCCUCCAGUGUUGUGCAGUGACGUCUUCCAGGGUGUGCCAUGCGACCUGGACGACCCCCCUCCUUCUACUUUGGCACGAAGCAGCAGUGCGUCUGACAUCAUGGAGCCCUUCAUCGCAGAACGGGUUAAAGGACGACUGGGUGCAUGUGGGGCAGGUAAGUUUGUGUCAGUUCCUGGUGUUGGCCUCAAAAUAGGAACUCAUGACAAAGCUGGAGCUGGUACUGAGCGAGUUGAGGGAGGCGGACAUCACAAUAAUGGACCUGGAGGGGACAAGGACCAGCAGCAGUGUCCUGCGUUGGGAGUCAAACUGAGCUCUGAUGCACAUUCAGAGUUAUCGAGCAGCACCAGUGUGUCAUCAGGGGUACGAGGCCGUUUAGGACGUUCGGUCUUGCGAUCAAGAGCUUCUCGCUCACGCUCCCAGGAGCCAGGCACGGUCUCUCGUCACCACCAAGGGGCUAUUCUUGGUGGUGUUUAUAAGAGUGUUGUUCAUGCUCUGUCGUCCAAGCCCCGGCCCCGUGGUCAAGGCUCUUCCCAGGGCUCGUCGCCUCAGCGACAGGCCCGAGGCACUAUGGGUGACGCGUCGCUAAAGGAUCUCUACUCCCAUGUCCUGGGCUACUUUGGAAGAAAGACGGCCACUCCAGCAAACAAAGAGGAGGUAAUCCCAAAGGCUCGACCUGUUUCCACGGACGUUGGAAGCACCAAUCCCAACUUCUCAGACCUAAUGGAUGAGUUCAUCCAGGAGAGACUGCGAGCCAAAGGAAGCGGGGGUCGACGUGGCAGCAGCCCGGGCAGUCUGGAAAUCCCCAGGGACUUGCCUGAGCUUCUUGAAGCUGCUCAGAGUCCAGGAUCUAGACCUUCAGAUGAUUCCAGGCCCAUAGAUGACCCUGGGGUUCCUUCUGAGUGGACCUCCCCUGCGAGUGCCAGUGGUUCAGAUGUCGUCAGCUCAGACAGCCAGUCAGAUUCUUUCAACGCAUUUCAGUAUUCAACAUGCAAAUUUGACAGCUCAUGUGGAGGUAGUGCCGCAGGGUCUGGAAGGGGCGGUAGGGGAAGCUCAUUGGACCAGGACAGUUUAGGAGGAGGUGCGGCCAGUGAAGAACAUGAAGUUGCCAGCCUAACGACGCUCCACAUAGACUCUGAGACAAGUAGUCUAAGUCACACGGUCACUGUCACCGGUUCAGAGAGUGCGUCUCCCAUGCAUUCUCUGGGAGGCUCUCGUUCUCAGACGCCCUCUCCUGCCACCAUGACCACAGAUCAUGCAGAUCACUCACAUGCACACCUGCAGCUGGACCAAAAACUCCAUAAUUCUGUUCUUCAAACUCCUGAUGACCUUGAGACCAGUGAGUUUCCAAAUGAAGACUGCAGCGUGAUGGCGGGUGGUUCUUUAACUGGCUGGCAUGCUGAUGUCGCCACGGUCAUGUGGAGGCGAAUGCUGGGUAUUCUCGGGGAUGUCAAUACCAUCAAAGACCCAGAGAUCCAUGCUCAGGUCUUUGAUUAUUUGUGUGAACUGUGGCAAAGUCUCGCUAAGAUAAGGGACAACUUGGGGAUUUCUUUGGACAACCAGUCAUCCCCCCCACCGCCUGUUUUGAUCCCACCUCUGAGGAUUUUAACACCUUGGCUUUUCAAGGCCACUAUGCUCACGGAGCGCUACAAGCAAGGAAAGCUCCAUGCUUACAAGCUCAUCUGCAGAAUCAUGAAAAGGCGGCAGGAUGUGUCGCCAAAUACAGACUUUGUCACACAUUUUUACAACAUCAUGCAUCACGGAUUGCAACAUCAAGACCAGGACAUUGUGAACACCAUUAUAAAACACUGCAGCCCAAGGUUCUUCAGUAUUGGACUUCCUGGAGCGACCAUGUUGAUCAUUGACUUUAUUAUCGCGGCUUCGAGAGUCACUGCCUGCUCAUCACUAAAUGCCCCCAGAGACGAGGCCCAGAUCCUCCUGGGAUCGCUGGUCUGUUUCCCCAACUUCUAUUUUGAGCUUCCAGCCCUUCAUCCAACCACAGCUGAUGUAGUGAUCACCAAGUUCCCAGAUGUUAAGGAACACAUCAUUAAAACUAUCUUAACCUCAGCGAGAGAUGAACCCUCUGCUCCAGCGAGGUGCGUGGCUUUGUGCAGUCUGGGAAUCUGGCUGUGUGAAGAGUUGGCCCACGGCACUCAGUAUCCUCAUAUCAAGGAAGCCCUCAAUGUCAUCUGUGUCACACUAAAGUAUCCCAACAAAAAUGUGGCUUUAGUGGCCUCGGACAUUCUCCAUCUUCUGAUCAGCUAUGUUGAUCACCUCCAGAAAUUUCCUCCCGAUAUGCCAAAGAAGAUUGUUGAGAUUUUGAUCGCCACAAUCACAUACUUGCUACCUGCUACAGAGUCUUCCCCGUAUGAACUGGACAAAAGGCUGGUAGUGUCUCUGCUCUUGUGCCUUCUGGACUGGGUCAUGGCUCUGCCUCCUGAAACACUUCUUCAGCCUGUGCACUCAAGAAGCCCUCCAGAGAAAGACCAACCUACCAAGACCCUUUUAAGCUGUAUUUACAAAGUCUUGCAUGGCUGUGUAUAUGGAGCACAGUCCUUCAACAGUCCCAAAUACUUCCCUCUGCAGCUGUCGGACCUGUUCACUGCAGACUACGACCCAUUCUUGCCUUUGGAGUGUCUCAGAGAACCAGAACCACUCCACAGUCCUGAGUCCGAGCGUUCUGCCAAACUUCAGCCCGUCACAGAAGUUAGGAGUCGUAUUCAACAAGGUCUGGUGUCCAUCGCCGCCCGGACAGUCAUCACUCACCUUGUAAAUCACCUUGGACACUAUCCCAUGUCGGGAGGGCCAGCUACUCUGUCUAGUCAGGUGUGUGAAAACCACGACAACCCCUACUGCGAGAGCACAGAUCUUGGACCAGAACUUUUCCACUCCCCUAAUCUACAAUUCUUGGUUCUGAAUGGCACCACUCUACUCUCUGUACUCCAGAUCCGGUCCGAGUCUGGCGUGCCCGGAGGUGGUAUGACGGCAGGGUUGUCCUCCGCUCCCGCUUGUGUCCGCGUCAUUGUCCGAGACGUAGCCGGGAAACACUCCUGGGACUCUGCCGUCCUCUAUGGGCCGCCCUCCACCUCCCCAAGCAGCCCGGCACACACACUGCUGUCUCACAUACAAGGAUCCCUGCAAACUACAAAUCUGCAUUUACGGACCCCACCGGGAAGUCUGCCCAAAAGAAUGGAAGUAAAUAAGGAAGAGGAUGAGGAAGGAUUUCAAGAAGACGAGGGGGAGGACUUGGAGGAAGAUGAUGAAGAAAGCAAAUCUGUGUGUAUGGAGAAAGGGGACCACGGAGAGGUCGAAACGGAGGAGGAGCAGAACGAGGAGAAUAGAAAGGAACAGGAAGUGAACGAUGAAGACAACAAGGGCGAACCAGGACCGGAGCAGACGCUGGCACCACCUCUGGCUAAGCGUGUUUGUCGGGAGGUAGUGCCAGCUUGGGAUUCGCUCAGGGAAGGAGAUGACGCUUUGGAUGAAAUGCUGCAGUACAUGGGAUAUUCCAGUCCAGAGUGUCUGCAACGGGCUGGCAUGCCACUCAACAUUCCCGCACCACCUCCAGCGUGUGUUUCGGAGAAGCAGGAAAACGAUGUGAUCAAUGCCAUUUUGAAGCAGUGCGCCGCAGAGAAAGACUUUGUUCUUCACAGAGGCGAGGGGUUGAACAUGAGGGCUAUGCCACAUCCUGAGCCGGAGACAGAAACGCCACAAUCCGCCUUUUACUAUUGUAGACUGUUGAUCAACAUACUGGGCCUAAACUCCUGGGAAAAAAGGAGUAGCUUUCAUUUGUUGAGAAAAAACGAGAAGUUAUUGAGGGAAUUGAAGAACUUGGAUUCACGGCAAUGCCGCGAGACACACAAAAUUGCAGUGUUUUAUGUCGCUGAAGGCCAAGAGGACAAACACUCCAUACUCACCAACACCGCCGGCAGCCAAGCUUAUGAGGACUUUGUUUCAGGUCUGGGCUGGGAGGUGGACCUCACCUCGCACUGUGGCUUCAUGGGAGGUCUGCAGCGCAACCGCAGCACAGGCCAGACCACACCGUAUUACGCCACAUCCACCACAGAAGUCAUCUACCAUGUGUCCACGCGCAUGCCCCAUGAUCAGGACCACAAUCUCACCAAGAAGCUCAGACACCUGGGCAAUGAUGAAGUCCAUAUUGUUUGGUCCGAACAUUCCCGAGAUUACAGACGAGGAAUUAUUCCCACAGAGUUUGGAGAUGUCCUAAUCAUCAUUUACCCAAUGAAGAACCACAUGUACUCCAUCCACAUACUCAAGAAACCAGAGGUGCCAUUCUUUGGACCACUGUUCGACGGUGCUGUAGUGGACAUGAAGAUUUUACCCACAAUGGUCCGAGCAACGGCCAUCAACGCCAGUCGGGCCUUGAAAUCCCUCAUUCCGCUCUACCAGAACUUCUUCCAGGCGGUGUUGGGUCUGUGGACUCUCUGCUGUGGCCGUGUCCACAUGCUGAGCCACAGAGAGGCAGUGGUCAGUGUCUUUGUAGGCCCCACAAUAGGCUCCAUUGUCCCAGUCAGACUACAAUCUGCAGUGUGCGACAAGGAGAGUGUGUCCCUCACCACAGUAAAAAGCCGGUGUCUCCCCGUGCACACACAUGAGCUGCAGACAUCAGCGGCUCCGGGGCACCUUCGCGGCGCCCGCACCCCGCUAGCCGCUAAACAAGCUAAUCUGCCGCGCGCCGCCGCUUAUGUGUCCCGGAACAUGGAUGCACUUUGUCCGGUCGCAGAUCUGAACAUGGUGUUCGCGACCCCUAAUGCGCUAACAAGCUCCCUCCUGCUCGUCCGGUGCGCUCUGUCUCAAGUGAUCGCAGGAGUCGAACAUCAGCACAAUGAAGAGCUCUGCGGGAGAGUGAGGGACAGACAGAUCCUGAAAUGGACCGAGGACGGCACCGACGCGCUCUCCACUCUUUUCCACGAGCCCGGCACUCGUGGGGGAUUGGCAGGGAACGGGGAGAGGCGCGGGGAGAGGCGCGGGGAGCUGCCCGUGCCUCCUCCACACACUGUGAUUCUCACCUGGUUUUUACACGCCGACCCCUGCCUCUCCCCUGCCUCCCCCCUGCCUCUCCCCUGCCUCCCCCCUGCCUCUCCCCUGCCUCCCCCCUGCCUCUCCCCUGCCUCCCCCCUGCCUCUCCCCUGCCUCUCCCCUGCCUCCCCCCUGCCUCCCCCCUGCCUCUCCCCUGCCUUUCCGCCCUCCGCCUCGCACUUGCUUGGCACCUCCGCUCCUCUUCAUUUCCUUCAUAUGCCACUGUGA